AAUGUUGUCUAUCUAUCUGUGUUGGCCCUGCGAUGAGGUGGCGACCUGUCCAGGGUGUACCCUGCCUUCCGCCCAAUUGUAGCUGAGAUGGGCGCUAGCGCCCCCCGCGACCCCAAAAGGGAAUAAGCGGUAGAAAAUGGAUGGAUGGAUAUAUAUAUUUAUACAACUUAUUUUUUUGUGAUAGAUGAUUUGUAAACAAACAUAAUUGUUUGCUUACAAAUAAUUCAUGAAGUUUGGUUCUUUUAUGAAUUUAUUAUGGGUCUUUUUAUUGGGGGGGGUCCAUCUUCUUUUGCUUAUUGGAAGUCAGUUCGUGGGGGCAGCAGCCUAGGCAGAGAAGCCCAGACUUCCCUCUCCCCAGCUACUUCGUCCAGCUCUUCCCGGGAGAUCCCGAGGGUUUCCCAGGCCCAGUCUCUCUACCGUGUCUUGGGUCUUCCCCGGGGUCUCCUACCGAUCAAAGGCACCCUAAACACCUCCCUGGAAGGCCUCCAGGGGGGCAUCCUGACCAGAUGCCCUAAUCAGCUCAUAUACAGUGGUGGUCAAAAGUUUACAUACACCUGUAAAGAACAUAAUGUCAUGGCUGUCUUGAGUUUUCAAUCAUUUCGACAACUCUUAUUUUUUUGUGAUACUUGUUGGUCACAAAAAACAUUCAUGAAGUUUGGUUCUUUUAUAAAUUUAUUAUGGGUCUACUGAAAAUGUGCUGGGUUAAAGUAUACAUACAGCAAUGUUAAUAUUUGCUUACAUGUCCCUUGGCAAGUUUCACUGCAAUAAGGGGCUUUUGGUAGCCAUCCACAAGCUUCUGGCAAGCUGCUGGUUGAAUUUUUGACCACUCCUCUUACAAAAUUGGUGCAGUUCAGCUACAUUUGUUGAUUUUUUGACAUAGACUUGUUUUCUUCAGCAUUGUCCACACGUUUAAGUCAGGACUUUGGGAAGGCCAUUCAUUCUAGCUUGAUUUAGCCAUUCCUUUACCACUUUUGACGUGUGUUUGGGGUCAUUGUCCUGUUGGAACACCCAACUGCGCCCAAGACCCUACCUCCGGGCUGAUGAUUUUAGCUUGUCCUGAAGAAUCUGGAGGUAAUCCUCCUUUUUCAUUGUCCCAUUUAAAGCACCAGUUCCGCUGGCCUUGGCUUUGACUGAAUGAAUGAAUGAUCUAUGACCCCCGGGAUGAUAUUUGAUUAGUAUUAGAACCGGCCCGCAGGCCACAGCCGCCUGCUGCAGUUUUGCACGCACCAACACUCCAUCAGUGUUGGCGCUAGGAAUUGUUAAAAUGGGGUCCCAGGGUCCCCAUUAAGUCAUAAAAAUGGGGUCCCACAGUAAAAAAUGUUUGUAGGCGUUUUGAAAACAAAUAAUAAACGUAUGCAUUAUCCUGAUACAUCUCACAUUCUAUAUUGUGUUUUGGAAAAAUGUUGUCAUAAACGUUACUUAAAAAUAAUACAAAAGAAAACACAUUUUUAUGCAUAUGUAGAUGUAUUCAGUUAUAAACAUUCCUGUUAGUUUAGCGCCUGUAAUAACAAUAUCACUAACACAUGUUAAUAUUCAGGACACAACUUGUAAAUGGAGUGUUGCUGACGCUUUUUGGAUGUAUUUUUAGAGGGCUUUAUGGGCUGAAUAGUUUAAUUUCAUUAGCUGCGUUUUUAACCACCUCACACUUGUCGUAUUUUACAAAUUAAAAUGCAUACAAUAAGAAAAAUGUGUUCCUCGUCUUGCAUAAGGAAUGUGAAUGAAAGGCAAAUUGCCCCCAAAAACGGGCAGUUGCCCUUUAAUAGAGCUAAGCCUUUAUAGUUUUGUAAACGCUGGUGGGUGAGGCGAUGGUUAAGUUUGAUGGAUUGCACAAAUGACGCGUUGUCCGCCCAACAUUCAAGCUGGCACACAUUUGCACGCACACAGUCCUGACAUGUCGCCCAAUGUUGGUCUGCUUCCCACAGAUGAGAAUUUCACUCUCAAACACGACCGUGCCUUCCUGUUGUCCAUGGCCAACCGUGGGAAAGACACCAACGGUUCACAGUUUUUCAUAAACUCUAGCAUCCUGCUCUUCCAAGCACCACAAAGAUGGCGCCUCAUCUCGACGGAGUCCACGUCGUCUUCGGUCUCGUCAUCUCCGGCUUUGAGGUGAUCAAAAAGAUCGAGGGGCUGAAGACGGACUCGGCGAGCCGACCGUACGCUGACGUGAGAGUGGUGGACUGUGGACAGCUGAUUACCAAGUCGGCUAACGAUGUCCUCGAAGGCAAAAGGAUGAGAGCUUCUCAUUCUGCUGACUCCUCCCUCAAUUCCGUGGACACUUCAUCCCAGAGCUCCACCUCCGUGGAGUCUGACAUCUCAGAAAAUCCCCCAAGUCAUAAGAAUAAGAGACCUGGCAAAAGUAGGAGGCCCAAAAAGAGGAGGAGGCUGACAAAGAGGGUGAAUAAUGUUGACGUUGAAUCUUCCAAACAAAGCUUACACAAGCCUUCAAACGAAGAAAUGGGAGACGCCGAUGUGGAAGAAGAGAAAGACCAAGUAGGGAAGAGAGAAAAGCUCGUAGUUCGACCAGAGGAGAUCCCGCCUGUGCCUGAGAAUCGCUUUCUGCUCCGACGGGAUGUUCCAGGCCAGGAGAGCAAAGCAGAGAUCGUUGAGAAACAAGAAGCUUCUAUCCCAGCGGAACAGAUGCCUGCGGUCUCCAAGUCUGGACGCAAGAUCAGAGGCAGAGGAACAAUCAGGUAUCACACUCCCACCAGGUCUAAAUCACGGUCCGCUUCAGUGGAAGAGCGUGGCAGCAGUGAAACUCCGCCCCACUGGAAGGAGGAGAUGAUGCGGACUAAAGCCUAUCAGCCUCCCAGUGUGGAGAGAUGGAGCAAAGGGGACCGAUGGGACGACCGAAGCGACUCCGCAUGGUCCAGGUCGUCUGAGCGCUCGUCCGACCGCAGCUCUGAGCGGUCCAGCCCGGAGCGCCAAUGUAAGAAGGAGAAGAAGAAAGGCAAACACAAAAAGAAGGCGAAAAAACAUAAGCAUGGCAAGAAGAAGAGUUCCAAGAGCAAACCUCAAGAGAUUGUUACGUCAGAGGCGGAAAAGUGGCCAUCUUCGAGAAGGUCCAAAUCCAGAACCUCCCUCUCUCCAUCCCAUUCCUCUUCCAGUCAGCAUUACGCCAGACGCCAGUCCUCUGUGUCGCGAUCUUACUCCAGAUCCCGAAUAUCCAGUCGAUCCAGAUCCCGGGCGAGGUCUUAUAAAAGAUCCAGAUCUUAUUCAAGAUCAAGGAGCCUGUCUCAGUCUAGAAGUCGUUCUCAGACUCGAUCUAGAUCACGUUCCUAUUCUAGAUCCAGGUCAAGGUCCAGACAUGGGUCCAGGUCAGUGAGUCCAAACAAGAGGAAGAGUUUAUCCAGAUCUCCAAGAAAGCGGAAAUCCAUCAAGUCCAAAGCUGACGCCACAGCAGGGAAACUAUCUGAGGGUAAAGUCACAUCGUCCUCUCGACUCCCGACCGUACCGCCUUUAGAAAGUGUCCCUGUGAUCCCCAUGAGCGACAGUCCUCCCCCGUCUCGCUGGAAGCCAGGUCAAAAGCCCUGGAAACCUUCCUACAUCCAUAUUCAUGAAAGCAAAGCCCAAAUAUCUUCACAAAAUAUUUCCUCCAAAGGACAAACAGUUGAAGAGAAAGCCCCGAGUUCAGUUCUGGAAAAUCGUCUGACUGGUGACGCAGAAGUCGAUGGAGCACACAAACCCGCACAGGACUCACCCAGCAGGUCCUCCAGAAGCAAGUCCCGCGGCCGUUCAUACAGUCGCUCUAGAAGCAGGAAUUCAAGCAAGUCCAGGUCCCAUCACAGCAGAUCUUCCACACCCAGCGAAUCAGACGUCAAACACUUACACAAAACGAGGAGCAGCAAGAAGAAAGCCACUGACAAGGAGUGGAAAAAGUAUCGCAAUUCUCUGAAGAGGAUAAAGAAUAUAGACAAGUACUUUCCACUGUCCACCACUCAAAACAGGGAAACAGGAACAGGCUGUGAGCCAAGUCCUGUUGAUGUCUCCAAGGGAAUUAAUGAGCCGUGCAGUUCUCUGCAGGAACAGAGAAAAAACAGCAGCUCAGGACUGGAGGAGGACUUGAAUAACAGGUCUGGAUGGGACAGCGAUAGUGAUAAAGUCAGCCUCAGCAACACUGCUAAUCUGACCAAACAUCAGAACCAAGCAUUGAGUAGCAUAUCGGGCAAGAAGACUUCAGGCCUAACUGGGUGGAAUUCUGAUAGUGACCAAGAAACCAUAACCGUCAGGGCAGUGGCUCUGUCUGAAAAAGAGGAAGGAGAAGCCAGCUCUGAAUCUGACUGUGAAACUUCCAAAAAGACCACUGAGGCCACAGCAGUUGAGGUUCCUGCAGCUUCUCAUCCGUCAGACGUCUGUCCACAGGAAGCUGAACAUGAGAAGCACAAGAGCAAGAAGAAGUCCAAACGGAAGCACAAACAUAAGAGCAGAGAGACCAAGACUACUUCCCAUCAUGCAAAGGACAAGAGCAAGCGAUCCAAGAAGAAACGUCAGAAGCUCAAAGAGACUUUUCACUGGCAGCCGCCUUUAGAGUUUGGAGAGGAGGACGAUGAAGAGGAAUCAAAGCGAGAGAGACUCAGCCCGAUGAGAGCUGCCAAUGAAGACACCAAGGUGGACCUGAGGAGUGUUAAGGAGCCGCAUGUGACCUCUCUCAACAAGAACCCAAAUGGAGAAGAAAGCAGGGGGCAGCUGAGGGUGAAAGAACAGAACAAAAACUCCAAACUAUCUGAACCGCUUCAUCAGGCGUCCAACAGAAAUAGUGGUAACAAAGAGCAGCAGUCUAUGGAGGACAUGGACAUUUGUACUCCUGAGCAUGAAACUGUCAUUGAGGCUUCAACUACACCUAAUUCCUUGAAUAAAACCCCUGAAAUAACCCUCAAAAACACGUCCCAUCUGCCUGCCAAAGCCAGUAAAGAUGCCCAACAUCAUCAGCUGCAAGGCCCAGAACAAUCUACUGUUACUGCGACCACAGCCCACGGGCUCAAAGCUGAAGCGGAGUCGGGCAAACCUCCAGGCACCAAUAUUAGCUUUAAGUGGAGGCCUUUGAAAGGAACGUCUUCUCUGCAGAGCGUCAACAUGGCCUUGCUGGAAGCCAAAAGCAUGCUAGUGCAGGAGAGCCCAUCGUCAAACGCGCAGGGAGUGAGGAUGGAGAUCAAGAGCACCAGCCGGGUUCGACCCGGUUCGCUCUUCGACGAAGUCCGCAAGACUGUCCGGCUCAACCGGAGGCCGAGGAACCAGGAGAGCUCCGGCGAGGACAGCUCCCCUUCUGUGGGAGUAACCGGGGAUGACUCCCCAAGGACGUCCAGGUCGGCCGCCCGGCGAUCUCGCUCCGGCUCCAGCCAGCGCUCCCGCACAAGAGACUGGUCGCACUCCUACAGCAGGUCCAGGAGUCGAUCGCGAAGCUCCAGCUACUGCUCCAGGGAUCGCAGCAGGAGUCGAAGGAGACGCGGCAGGGGACGCUCCCGCAGCAGCACAUACAGAAGUUACAGAAGUCACAGUCGGACGUACAGUAGGAGUCACUCCAGGAGUCGCUCCUAUUAUCACCGCAGCAGACGAUCCAGGUCCGAGUCCUCCGACAGCUAUUCCAGUCGUAGUCGCAGCGCAAGCAGGCGUCGAGGGCGGCGCCGGAGCGAAAGCUACAGGAGUUCGGACCGCAGAUCUCGGUCCUCACGCUCCUCCACUCGCAGUUCUUCACGUCGCAGUCACAGCAGUCGCUACAGCUGAGACUUGUUGUCAGGUGGAGACUCUCUCUCUCUCUCUCUCUCACUCUGUUACAGGCCAGUUACUGAAGAAAAUAAUGUAUUUGGCAUGUUAUAUGAAUUUCCUGUAUUGUGGAAGAAGAUACUGUACAUAGAUCACAAGCUGGAUGAAGGCUGCUGCAAACAUUUCAAGGACACAUUUUCUGUCACCUUGUUGCAUUUAAGAGAAUGUUAAUGAUGUAAAUAUUAUUUUUUUAAUGACGUGUGUAUUUGUUGUGGUCCACAUAACUAAACUGCAAUUUUGCAGUAUAAUGUUGCUAUUUUUGUUGUUUUUUUUUUUUUUUACAAAUAUCUUUUUUGUGUUAGGAUACUGUACAAUGAAUGUCUAAACCGUGACUAUGAAUGAUGUUCAAUAAAAACAACUUCCUCUAAGAA